AAUGCGGAUACCAUUUUCUGUUUUCACACCCAAUUAUCGUAUGUACAAAAACAAUCAUUGAAACGUCUCAAAAGAUGGAGAAAACAACUGCUAUAAAUAAGCCAUUAUUGAAUAUAUCAAGGUCAUGAUUUAUGCUUGAUCAUAGGCUGAAGCAGAAAUGGCGAAGAAAUUUGUUAUAAUCCCCCUCCUCCUCUUACCGGCUCUCUUGGCCUCAUGUGCAGAAAAACAGGUGUACAUAGUGUAUUUUGGAGAGCACAGUAAUGGAGAAAAACCAUUGUAUGAAAUAGAAGAUACACAUCAUUCAUAUUUGCUCUCAGUGAAAUUUAACGAAGAAGAAGCCAGAGCUUCUCUGCUUUACAGCUACAAGCACAGCAUCAAUGGCUUUGCCGCACUGCUUUCCUCUGAUGAAGCCUCCAAAUUAUCCGAAAUGGAAGAGGUGGUCUCUGUGUUUGAGAGUGGGCAGUACUAUAUGCACACCACAAGGUCGUGGAAGUUUGUAGGCUUAUUGCCAGAGGAACAGACAAAUAAGGACGAAGACUUAUUAUCCAAAGCCAGUUAUGGCCGACAAGUCAUAGUUGGGCUCUUGGAUGGUGGUGUGUGGCCAGAAUCUCAUAGUUUCAGUGAUUUUGGAAUGGAACCCAUUCCAAAAUCAUGGAAGGGAAUCUGCCAAUCUGGACCUGCUUUUAAUUCAUCUCAUUGCAAUAGGAAGUUGAUUGGAGCUCGAUACUACAUCAAAGGUUACGAGCAACGCUAUGGCCCACUAAACACCUCAGAGGACUACCGAUCAUGUCGUGACAGAUACGGUCAUGGAACACAUACAGCCUCAAUCUUAGGAGGUAGAAGAGUUCACAAUGUGUCGGCUAUGGGUGGCUUCGCUCGUGGCACUGCUUCUGGUGGAGCACCAUUGGUGCGCCUAGCCAUUUACAAAGUAUGCUGGCCAAUACCAAAAGAAGAUGAAAACAUAUGCUUUGACGCUGACAUGCUGGCGGCAAUUGACGAUGCCAUAGCUGAUGGUGUUCAUGUGCUAAGCAUUUCAAUUGGGGGUGAUCCUAAAAUGUACACCCGGGAUGGCAUUGCCAUUGGAGCUUUACAUUGCCUCAAGAACAACAUUGUUGUGUCUUGUAGUGCUGGAAACUCAGGCCCUGACCCUUCAACCUCAGAAAACCUGGCUCCAUGGAUCAUCACCGUCGGUGCUAGUAGCAUCGAUAGAAAAUUUCUCGCACCUGUAGUGCUUGGUAAUGGCCAGAAGAUAGAGGGACAAACUGUGACAGCACGCAAGUUAGAAAAAAAGAUGUACCCUUUAACUUAUGCUGCGAAUGUAAUUAAACAAAACGUGUCCAAAGAUGUGGCAGGACAAUGCCUUCCAGGCUCUCUUUCAUCAAAGAAGGUGAAGGGAAAGAUAGUAUUGUGCAUGAGGGGCAAUGGGUCAAGAUUUGGGAAAGGCAUAGAAGUGAAAAGAGCAGGGGGUGUUGGUUUUAUAUUGGGGAAUAUUCCUGCAGGUGGAGCAGAGAUAGCUUCUGAUGUUCAUGUUCUUCCAGCAACCACAGUGAAUCACACUGAUGCCAUUAGAAUCCUCGAAUACAUUAACUCUACCCAACACCCAAUCGCAACUAUUAUACCAGCAAAGACAGUGCCGCAUACUAAGCCAGCACCAUUAAUGGCUGCAUUCUCUAGUAGGGGUCCAAAUGUCAUGGACCCCAAUAUUCUCAAGUGGUUGUUUCAAUCGGUUGAGAAGCCUGACAUCACAGCUCCAGGUCUAAAUAUAUUAGCAGCAUGGACGGGUACAAAGUUGGAAGAGGAUCAAAGAGGUGGUAAGUAUGUGUUCGAAUCUGGAACAUCAAUGGCUUGCCCUCAUGUGGCUGCGGCAGCAGCACUGCUUAAAGCCAUCCACCCUACUUGGAGUAGCGCUGCCAUUAAAUCUGCUCUCAUGACAACAGCUAGUAUAGUAGACAACAGAGGCCUACCAAUAAGCGAUGAAUUUGGCAAUGUUGCAACUCCUUUUGCAUAUGGUUCGGGUCACUUCCGACCCACCAAGGCAGUAGAUCCUGGCCUUGUCUACGAUGCUUCCUACUCAGACUACCUUCUCUACCUCUGCAGCUUAGGAUCAGUCAAGAAAAUUGAUCCGACAUUCAAGUGUCCAAAACAACCUCCAACAUCAAUCAACCUUAACUAUCCUUCUCUGGCAGUAUCCAAAUUGAAUGGAACAAUGAGUGUGAAGAGGACAGUCACAAAUGUAGGUGGAGGAAGAGGAAAGAUCUUUUACUUCUUUACCUCCCAGCCACCUAAGGGGAUCUCAGUAAAGGCUUCCCCAAGCAUAUUGGUGUUUGAUCAUGUUGGCCAGAGGAAGAGCUUCACCAUAACACUUGAAGCAUUAAGUGAUAAGAGCUUGAGGAAACAUGGUGAGUAUGGUUUUGGUUGGUACAAAUGGACUGAUCCACAUGCACUCCAUGUUGUCAGAAGCCCCAUUGCUGUGUCUAUAGCAUAGCUUGUUUCCCAGUAUUAAAUUAUGCAUUUUAACUGUCUUUGUACUUUCUUGUUUUAA